GACACUCGCGGGCUUCCUCGAAGGGCGACAGGCUGAGAAGAAACGUUCCAAUUUCCGGGCGAGAUUUCUCGUGUGAGAGAAGGGAAGAGGCGAGGGAGCUAAAGAAGAAAGGAAAACGCAAAAGCCGACUGUUUCCCGCUGCGGAUAACCUUGGCUUCUCGGAGGAAACUUCGUCACUCGUCUGUCUGCAACUCUUCCAGCGCUUUUCGCGAGGUCUUCAUCAUGUCCAAGAUGAUUGGGCUGCUCGUCGUGGCCCUGGCCUGCUUCUACAACUUGGCUGCUGGUCAAAGCCUGGAAGGGCCUCGAUCCUGCGACCGCGAGCUGGAGGUGUGGAACCCCAAGUGCAACGCCCACUGCGAGCCCACGUGCCAGGAGGGAGAUCUAGUGCCCUGUAGCCGGUCGGGGGGCGGACCCCGCCAGGGUUUCAACGAGAGGAUCUGCCGUCCCAAGUGCAACUGCAAGCCCGGCUACAUCCGGGAGACCAGAGACGGCCGCUGCGUCCACAGGUCCAAGUGCGGCGGCCAGAAGGACAAGUGCAAGCGCAACGAGGUCUUCGACCACUGCGGUUCGGCCUGUCCCGCCGUCUGCGGCGAGGCACCCGGCCGGGUCUGCACGGCCCAGUGCGUGCCGGGCUGCUUCUGCGACAAGGGCUUCAUCCGGGACAAGAAGGGACUCUGCAUCCCGCUGAGCGCCUGUCGGAACGGCCCUGGUCAGGGCCAAGUCCUCGUGCCCUUACACGUUGCGCCCGGACCGAUCCUGCUGCCACCUAGGCCGCUCUUCUGAAGGGUCGGGAUGUUUUGAGGACCGAGGAUCAUCGAGCUAUCUCUGUGGACAUUAUGGAGUUUCAGUGGAUCGUUCCGAUUACUCCGAAAACGACACCCGAUGGCGAUAGCGAUACGAUGCAUGUGCAAAGGAUCGCGUCGUUAUCGGAACUAUCGGAACUAAAACUACAUAUUACGGAGUUUACGUAGACAGUUUUCCCCACUCUAAUCCACUCUCCGCAACAGACGCCACUACUGCGCAUGCGCGGCAGUUGCCUUGUCUGCUGUGUUCCUGAUCUUGAAGCGGUUUGGGCGGAAUGUUGCGGGAGGACGACGGAAUCGGUCGACGAAAACUCCCUUACUAAGCCCGGAGAGUUCAUUCUGGGGUUUUGCAUUUGUACCCGAGGCAAACUAGGGGCAUUGUAUUUUUUUUUUUUAAUCGUACGAGAACAAAUAUGUGCCAAUUACCCAUUUUGGUACAAAAAUAAAAAAAUAAAAAAUGAAUGAAAUUGUCUUGAAUAAAA